UCUGACCAGGAACCCCGCUGAAUAAUCUAUUCAAUCAGUGGAACAAGUGGGUUUAAGUCAAACCUACCAGAAGCGCGCGAUUGAACAUCGUUUCUUCCCCCACCUGAAAAAUGGUCGAGAAUUGUCUGUCAGUAAAAGGGCUCAAUCAUGAUUUCGAGUGGGUCAGAUUGACAGCGGGAAGUGUAGCGUGGUGCUCUAGAAUAGAUAGUAUCCUCGGUACAAUAUCGAGAUUCUAUUAUGGGUGAUAUAACGAUGUCCGUUUUUAUUUAUACGUGGAUGCACAGACAACACCUUUGCGCCGCGUUAAUCUUACCAGCAGCAUUCAUUCUCUGUCUGUACAAAGGAACAGAUUAUCAAUCAAUGUCAGAUCCCGAGUUGACAUCGGUUGCGGACAAGAACCGAAACUGACUUGAUCCGACUCGGUCGGGUCCCAUCGGCUCAGUUAGCGGGAUUUUAUGAUUGUUAGGGAAAUUGUUAACGAAGAGC